AUGACAACACGAACGAUUCUUCUCGUGCAGCUAUGUUCCAGCCAGCUCAAUAUCAUUGAAGACUUUGCUGAACAUCGAGUCAUGCGACCAGCCCAAUCCAUACUCAACCACCUCAGGUCAAGGAUGGUACAACGGUCAGCCCGGUAUCUGGAAAGGCUACGAGGGACUGCCACCUUCCAGCCCAUCUUGUAUCAACGCACACGCCGCCAUAGACAAAGAGCUAUUGUGGAGCAAUAUAUGUACGGGCUGAAGAGUGGUGAGGUCGGGGAUGAUAGAUUGUGCGAAACAUGUCGACGACACGCGGUGCGAACGCUCCGAACCGACUGGACGGGGAAAGGAGUGCCAGACAAAGGUCUGUGCUAUCAGACUGCUCAAAAUUCGGCGCGACUGCAGGACGCUUGA